ACAUGGCCGCCUUCAUAACAGUCGCAUACACGUAGCUUCGCUGUAGGUUUGUUGUUGUUUUUUUUUUGGGACAUAUCAACACAAUUUAAUGUUAAGAUAAGCUCGAAUGUAAAUUGAAAACAAUGCCACAAUACUACGAAGACAAAGAGGAGGAUUCUCGCGCUUGUGCCGGAAUCAGAGAAGAUUUUAAGACCUGUCUCCUUCAGCAUGACUGCGUUGUAAAGGAAGGCAAAAAGCCCAGUGAGUGUCUGAAGGAGGGACACUGCAAAGGCCUGCAGGUUUCUUUCUUUGAAUGUAAAAGAUCAAUGCUGGACACAAGAUCUCGAUUCAGAGGCAGAAAAGGCUACUAACUGGACCGCGGUUUAUUUCUACUUGGUGCCAGAAGGAGCAGGAGAUCUGGGCUAAAUGAUAUUGUAAUUUCACUGUAAAUAUGAGCUUUAUUUGACAUCGGUUGAUGCACUGGGCUACUGAAGAUUGCGAGUUCAAAUCCUAGCACUGCCAAGCUACCACUGUUGGGUCCUUGAGCAACAAGUCGUUUCCUGUGUCAGCUGUAAGUCGCUUUGGAUAAAAGCAUCAGCAGAUUGA